AUGGAGGAGGACGAUCGGUCGAUCGCGGCGCCCGAGGGGAAGAACAAGGCGAUCGACUACGACAAGCUCGAGAGGGACGUGGACCAGCAGCGCGAUGUGGCUCUCAAGGAGGGGAGGCUGACUGAAGCUCUUGACGCAUUGCUGGGCUUGGAGAAGCAGAUGCGCCUGGCUGCUGACGUGGUGGGGACGCGCACAGUGGCGGUGGCCAUUCUCAAGGUCUGCCACGAGGCAGCUGCGUGGAAGCUUCUCAACGAGCAGAUAGUGGCCCUGUCGAAGCGUCGAGCGCAGCUGAAGCAGGUGGUGGCGGCGAUGGUGCAGGAGGCCAUGAAGUACGUGGAUGACGCACCUGAUGACGUCAUCCGCGAGGAGCUGAUCAAGACGCUCAGUGGGGUUACAGCCGGCAAGAUCUACGUGGAGAUAGAGAGGGCGCGCCUGGUGAAGCGGCUGGCGCGCAUGAAGGAGGCGGAGGGCAAGGUGAAGGAGGCGGCAGAGAUCAUGCAGGAGGUCGCGGUGGAGACGUUCGGAGCCAUGGCAAAGACAGAGAAGAUCGACUUUAUCCUUGAGCAGGUCCGCCUGUGUCUGGAUUCAGACGACUUCAUGCGAGCGCAAAUUCUCGCCAAAAAGAUCAGCCCGCGUGCAUUCGCCUCCGAGACCGUUGAGGCUGCUGAGAAGGCCAAGGCGGCAGAGGCUGCAGCAGCAGCGGGUGGCGGGGAGGGGAAGGAGGAGAGGAAGAAGAAGCGGAAGGGGCCGAAGGAGGAGGGGGAGAUCCAGCCGGCUGCGCCUGACGUGCCGACGCUGGUGGAGCUGAAGCUAAAAUUUUACGAGCUCAUGAUCCGCUACCACACAAAUGCAAACGACUAUCUGGAGAUUUGCCGGUGCUACCAGAACAUCUACGACACGCCGGCUGUCAAGGCUGACCAGGAGCGCUGGAUCCCAGUGUUGAAGCGCAUCUGCUGGUAUCUCGUGCUGGCGCCACACGGCAGCAUGCAGUCGUCCCUCCUCCACUCCACCUUUGCCGACCCCCACCUCCUCGACCUCCCCAAGUUCCGAGCCCUACUGAAGCUGUUCAUAACGAUGGAGGUGGUGGGAUGGCCGCAGCUGCAGGCGGAUUACAGUGCGGAGAUGCAGGAGGAGAAGCCCACCGUCUUCCUCAAAGACUCUGCUCUCGAGGACCUGCGCCUGCGCGUCAUCCAGCACAACAUCCUGGUCGUGUCCAAAUAUUAUGUGCGCAUCACCAUGGCACGGCUUGCCCAGUUGCUCUCCCUCACUGUCGAGGAGGCGGAGAAGUUUUUAUCAGAUAUGGUGGUGGAGAAGGUGUUGGUGGCUAAGAUUGACCGGCCGGCGGGGAUUGUCACGUUUGGCGAGAGGCAGGAGAGCGGAGUGCAGCUGUUGGAUAAAUGGGCGAGCGACAUUGCGAAGCUGCUCGACCUUGUGGAGACGAGCUGCCACCACAUUCACAAGGAGGUGAUGGUGCAUAAGGUGACCUCUCGCCGGCACUCGCACGCGAGCCAAUUCAAUCGCUCACUGUCUCACGUCGUCGCAGCCGUUAGCGCAUCCGUCGCAGUAGAGGAAGCGGACGUCGUUAUUGUCGGAGCCGGCGUGUCGGGCCUGUGCACGGGGCUCGCGCUAACCACGGAUCACGCGGACACUGUAUCGAAGGUGAUUGUAACGGAGGCGCGGGAGCGCGUGGGCGGCAACAUCACAACGGUGGUCGGCGAGGCGGGGACGGCGAACGAGGGAUAUUUGUGGGAGGAGGGGCCCAACAGCUUCCAACCCAACGACGCCAUGCUCAAAUGCGCGCUCGACAGUGGGGUGAUCGACCAGCUGGUCCUGGGAGAUCCCGACGCGCCCCGCUUCGUCUUCUGGGAGGGACGUCUGCGCCCCGUGCCAGCGGGCCUGCUGGACCUGCCCGUGUUCGACCUCAUGUCCAUCAUCGGCAAGAUCCGGGCCGGCCUUGGUGCUUUCGGCCUCCGCCCUGCCGCUCCCGAGGGCAAGGAGGAGAGUGUGGAGGAGUUUGUGCGGCGCAAUCUGGGAGCAGAGGUGUUUGAGCGCCUCAUCGAGCCCUUCUGCUCCGGUGUGUACGCAGGAGACCCAUCGAAGCUGAGCAUGAAGGCAGCGUUCGGCAAGGUGUGGCGUCUGGAGCAGCUGGGAGGGUCCAUCUUUGGUGGCUCGAUGAAGCUCAUCAAGGAGAAGCAGGCCAAUCCCCCUCCUCCCCGUGACCCGCGCCUGCCGAAGCCCAAGGGGCAGACAGUGGGGUCGUUCCAAAAGGGACUCAUCACCCUCCCCACCGGCAUUGCCAACAAGCUCGGCGACCGGGUGAGGCUCGGGUGGAAGCUGACAGCCAUAGAGAAGCGGCCAGGUGGCAGCGGCUUCCUGCUUUCCUACGACACUCCCGAGGGCGCCAAGAAGCUUUCAGCGCGCUCGCUGCUGCUCACCGUGCCCUCAUAUGUCGCUGCUGACCUGCUUAAGCCCUACUCUGCACCAGCAGCAGCCGCCCUUUCAUCAUUCUACUACCCGCCCGUGGCAGCAGUGACCAUCUCGUACCCCAAGGAGGCCAUCCGAGAGGACCGACUGGUGGGCGGGGAGCUCAAGGGCUUUGGGCAGCUGCACCCGCGCACCCAAGGGAUCGUCACUCUGGGCACCAUCUACAGCUCUGUUCUCUUCCCCAACCGCGCCCCAGACGGCCGUGUGCUGCUGCUGUGCUACAUUGGCGGCGCGUGCAACACCAAGAUCGCCACCAUGAGCGAGGAGGAGAUCGUGAAGCAGGUGGACAUUGAUGUGCGCAAGAUGCUCAUCAAGCCCGAUGCAGCAGCGCCCCAAACGCACGGCGUGCGUGUGUGGCCGCACGCCAUUCCCCAGUUCAACAUGUUCCCUUCCCCACCUCUCCCUCCUUCUCCCUCUCCUCCUCCUCUUCUCUCCCCUCCCCUCCCCUCCCUUCCCUGCCUCCUCUUCUCUCCCUACCCUUCCCUCCCCCACGCUCUCCCAACCUGUCAGAGCGAGGAGGAGAUCGUGAAGCAGGUGGACAUUGAUGUGCGCAAGAUGCUCAUCAAGCCCGAUGCAGCAGCGCCCCAGACGCACGGCGUGCGUGUGUGGCCGCGUGCCAUCCCGCAGUUCAACGUGGGCCACCUUGAUAAUCUAGCUAAGGCGCGCGAGGAGAUCCGGGCGGCUGGUCUCGAGGGCGUGUUCCUGGGAGGGAAUUACGUGGCGGGGGUCGCGCUGGGUCGGUGUGUGGAGGGUGGGUAUGAGAGCGCAGCGGAGGUGGUACAGUAUUUGGAGAAUGUUGCUGUCAGCAAAUGA